AUGGCGUCGAGAUCACGGCGCCGAGCUGUUCAAUCCAAAAACGCCGACGCCAUCCUCCUCCCUGCCUACCGCGCCCACCUCGCAAACCGCCGUUGCUCGCCCGCCCGCCGCGCUCGCUGUUCCUCGCCCGGCCGCGCCGCGCCGCGCCCGCCGUGCCUCGCCCGCCCGGCGCGCCGCGCUCGCCCCGCCGCGCCGUGCCCGCCCGCCGCUUUCUAUACAGGAGGGCAGCUUCUUCCAUCAUCAGCAUUCCGACACCAGCUCGGCGGCGGCUCGCCUUUGCCGUGGUUCCUCGCCGCUGCCGGGGACGAGGAAGAGGAGGAGGAGAAGAUGGACAUGCUGUGGGAGGACUUCAACGAGGAGCUCGCGAGCGUGCCGCCGCUGUGCCCGCUAAGCCCUGUGAUCAACAAGGGAUCAGCGCUGGCGAUGAAGGAGGCGGCCGGCUGGCUCGGUUACGACGGCGACAUGAUCGUCGUCGACCUGGAGAAGCACGUCAACGACAAGCAUCCCCGCCGCCCACAUCCACAGGAUGACGGCAGGGUGGUCCGUCGCCGGAAGUGGAGCCUGAGGCUGAUGCUCAGGCUGCUCAAGAAGCUGUUCCUGGUCAAGAAGUCCAGGAACCCGAGGACUGCACCUGCACCCAUCUGAUCUGAUCCUCCAAGAAAUCAAUGGCGGAUGAGAUGAGUGAUACAAAACAGAGUAGUAGUGCGUGUGAGCGUAUAGUGCUCUAUACAAGUUUUUUUUUUGAAGUUUUUUUACUUGACGUUUCUCUCUCACCAGCUUGUUUGUUUUCCCUCCUCAAAGUCGUCGUGUUUUUCUUGCCAUCGAUAGUACUGUCCUACUCCUAACUACCUGUGUUUUGACUCUGAAUUCUAUACAUUGUUACUUUUGUUAGCAUUUGAA